UCUACCCAUCUCUCGCAAGUUAUUCGCAAAAAUCGGUCGACAUAAACAAAAUUCCCUCAAAAAAACUUAAAAUCUUCGCUAAAAUGAGUUGUGAAGUCGUCGAAUUGCUCGAUUCAGACGAAGAAGAGAACCCUUUAGCAACAAAUUCAGCUCCAACGCCCGCCGAAACAACCCCAAAGCCACAAAAUGCUCAAAAUACGAGUAAUGGCAAACAAAUUCCUCCGCGAAAUCGUCCUGGACCUUUAUCGAUGAAGCUCAAACUUGGCGUUCCCAUUGAAACAGAUGCCGAAAUUCCCGUAAAACCGGCUUCUCCGUCAGUUACGACCCCCGAUUCGGGCGAAGAUUGGCGCAAACAGAACAAAAUCCUCACAAAACUCGUCGAUCCCGGCUCAAAGUUCCUCGCUGACUUCGAUCCUGAACACAGUAUUCGAGAACGCCGCAAGAUGGUACGGAAAACGGGCCCUCCGACGACGUCAAAUUGCAAACCCGGGGCAUUAUACGACGAGAACGGCAUCCAUCGAGAGACAGGAUUAGAUAUUUGCGAUUGUCUCGACAUGGUUUGCCCGGGAUGUCAUUUUCCAUGCGAAAGUUGUAAGAGUAAUAAAUGUGGACCCACAUGUCGCGCCAAUCGCAAAUUCAUGUACGAGACAAUUUUGUUCGACGGCAAAGACACGGAAAUUAAAAAUAGUUUGAUAAAACGAUAGAAAAAUUUCAAAUUUUUUUGAUACUGAUAGUUGUAAC